GUAUGUGCGUUGAUGUAGUUCCGGUUCCGGUGUCACUGGAAGACGAGCUCGUGUUGUCUUCUUUUAGCGCUCCAAACAAAUUUUCUCUACUUAUUUAGCCAAUUAUUAUUUCACCGUACUGUACUUAUUUUGAUUUUCGUCAUAUUGGAUUGAGUGCGCAUGCUUUCACUUGUCUUUUGGCGCAUUAACCUUGUCCUUCAUGUCGGUCAGAUUAGAGUCCAUAAACAACAGUGAAUGGCUCUAACCAGCAACUAAAAUGCCUGCAUUUGCUUUCAAGUCGACAUCAGUCAAGGUCCUAACAGGACUUUCACGUUGUCUUUGGUUUGGACGCAGCAAGUUUACCAAAGCAAGAAUUCCACAAGAGCUUUUUGCAAAGUGGUCACAGGAACACGAGAAAUACGGUGGCGAUCCCGAGCAGCCUCACAAACUCCACAUAGUGACGCGAGUCAAAAGUGUGAUGAGACGGCCGUACUGGGAGAAAGACAUGAUGAAGCACCUGGGCCUCCAGAAGGCGCACGUGCCUGUGAUCCACAAGAACACACCUGCGGUCAACAGCAGACUCAAGUUCAUCAAACAUCUUGUCAGGAUUGAGCCGUUGAGGACUCCGUACGGUCUCCCCAGCGAGCAGGACAUGGCUGACAGCUACAUCAACAGCAAAGGAGAGCUGAUCGUUCGACGCCUGCUGACACCGCUCCAACCCAAGGCCAUAAAGUCUUAGUGCAUUCACACAGGCAUGUAGUCUAUACAGUACCAUGUUUUAUCAUCUUACACCAUCAAACAGAUGGGUCCAUGGAACACAUCACCUUUUUUUUUUUUUUAAAGCUUUGUCAAACUGCUCUUUGGUGGUGACCCAGUUUGACCCGCAAAUGACUCGCUAACUAACUCAUCACCAGAAAUAUGAAAUAAAAAUAAUAAUUGUCAAAGCCGA